AUGUCUACCUUCAACGUGUUAAGAUACUCAUUCCUCGGGGCUGGUCUCUUCUACGGGGCCUUUCACAGAUACAGCUUGGAAAGCGCUCAGCACGAAGAGCACGCCACCAAGCAAUGGAAGCACGAGGAGAAGUUGAUCAGACAGGCCAAGGCCGAGUACGCUAAGCUCCACGCACCAAAGGUCACCAAGACCGAGGGCGCCAUCAACUGGGAAGACCCCAACUUGGACUUCGGCAAGGUGUUGGAAGGUUUGGUCCAGAAGUUGGACUAG